CACAGAUCAGAUGCAGGAGGGCUUCAGUUGUCCACUGACCGCUUUCCAACAGCUAUCAUGCAACUGAUACAUCUGCCAGCUGCAGUCAUACUUGGGGUUGUGAUACCUCAGAUAUUCAGCAUUUCAUUUCCACCUUCUGACUGUCUGGUUGCCGUGGACACCUGCAUGUCAAAUCUGUGCAAGUGGAGUGAAGAGGCAUUUUACGGCAGCAUCUGUGAGGAUGAAGGGUGCCAAAUAAAAGGCUCAGAGGUCUGUAACUUGACCAUCCAGACUAUACUGGACCAAUUUCCCUCUCUGCACGGGUGUGUGUGUGCCUGGGAGGAGGAGCUUUGUGACUCUAUACAAGCGCUGGCCAUACAAUGCCACCAAAAACCAGCAGCUCAGAGGAGGAGGAGCACAGUGAUGGACUGGCAGUCAAGCAGUUUAAUAGGCUAUGUACACAAUGGUUCUGCAUCAUGCUUGGACCAAAUGACAGUUUGUGUCAGUGAUCCAGUUUGUAACAGGUACCUAGCACCUGUCCUUAAGACAUGCACGGACCAACUGUGCGACCGAGACCGCUGUCAGCAAGUGACUCAACAGUUCUACAGCAGCAUGCCACGCAAUGUUGCAGAGAUGCUGGUCAUGUGUGAGUGUGAGGCUUCAGAUCUGAGCUGUCUGGAAAUGAACACUGCUCUGCAUAGAGGCACAUGUGGACCGCAGACCAGAAUCUGCCAGGAUACAGUUAACCAGUGUGUUGAGGACAGUCACUGCAGAGACCUGUUAAAAACCUUCCGAGCCAAAUGCUGGAGCCCUGAAGAAGCACAAUGCAGCUCCAGUGACCUCGAAAAUGAUGAAUGUAUCACACAGAUGGAUUCAGCUCUCAUCCUUGGUGCGGAUCCUGAUUGUAUAUUUGCCUUCUUGGCCACUUUGGGCACAGCACUUCACUAUCCUUGUGCAUGCGAGGGAAUGCGCAAUAAUGAUCUACUGACAUGCAACAGGAUUCAUGAUGUGUUUCAUAAUAGAUCACACUUCAUUAAAUCUUGGAAAAGCAGCAGUGGUCCUACUAAACCUCCUGAAAUCGAUGAAUCUGAGCAAGGUCACACAUGGUCACUUGAUUAUCUACUGUAUGCUUUUGCAACUGUGCUACUUGUUGGAGUUGUUAUAUUAAUGCUUCUGGCUGUUGUCAGUAAAAUAUGGAUGUGGAGAAGACACAAAACUAAAUUUCACCAUCCGCAGAAGAGCAAUUGUGUUAUUCCCUGAUGUUUAUUCAUCUUUUAAAUGUUUGUCUUGAAAAUCCUAAUUUUUUAAAUGCCCAAUGUUGUUUAUUAUUAUCUCAAAAAGAUUGUAGAUGUUGCAUAAAUGUAUUUUUUCCCACAAUGUUGAUAAGUACACAUAUACUUCAUUAUGGCAACAUUGAUAAAGUAAUGAUAUAUUUCAGACACUGGUCUUGGUAACAAUGCUGUUAUUAGACUAAUCAAUCUGAAUUGCAGUGCUUUAUUAAAGACAGUGAAUUUGAAGUAGGGCUGGGCAAUAUAUAUUGUGAUGGGAGAGUAGAUAUUGUCUUAGAUUUGGUAAUUGUAAAUGCAAAUGCAAUUUUCUGAACUUACCAAGCUGUUCUAGCUGUUUUAUUAUUUGCCUUUAACCACUAGGACACCAUUGUGUGUCGACAUUACUGAUGAUUAUUUAUCCAAAAUCUUAUUGUAAAGGCACCAUUUGCUAACCCUACAAUACCGUCAAACUAUCAACAAUGAGGAAUAUCCCAGCCCUAAUUUCAAGUGACAAGAACCUAUAUCCUUUACAGUUAUAAAUGUUGCACGAGCAAAAUACUGUUGUGACAAGCUAUGAUGUAUGUCGGAGACAGAUGAUCACGUGUGAGAGCACGUAAUUUUUUUCUUGAAUCACAACAGAAACAUUUCUCUCUGCAGUAAAUUAUCAAUCCUCACAUUUUCAUCCGUUUUACACUGACUCGUGUGUCAAUCAUUGUAAGAAUCCCCACGUCUGACAGAUUGCUUUAUGUCAUCACUUGUCUUUUUGUGAGUUCUUUUAGUGCUCCGGGCAUCAACCGUAUCUGAUAAUAAACUUCACCCUGAACAC